AGACGAAGUUUGGACGAGUGUACCUAGUUACUUUGUUGCUCUCGUACCUACCCAGUGGCGGGCUACUUGUUAUAUCAUUUCGGCUCUUUUGGACUUGUGGGCUCGUAGGUUUCAUUAUGACGUUAGUUUCGGCAUUUCUAUGUGUGCUGUCCGUGUUUGUUGUUCUAGUCUCGGAGAGGUUUAUGGUGCAGGCUGUGUUCUCUCAGUCCUUGGACAGCGACUUCACGUUCACCCUACCGGCCGGUCAAAAGGAGUGUUUCUUCCAGACCAUGAAGAAAGAUGCCUCACUGGAGAUUGAAUAUCAGGUGUUAGAUGGUGCAGGUCUCGAUGUAGAUUUUUUCAUCUACUCUCCUUCUGGCCAAUUGUUGUUCAGUGACUACCGCAAGUCAGAUGGAGUGCACACGGUUGAAACUGAGGAUGGAGACUACAUGUUUUGCUUUGACAACACAUUCAGUACAGUAUCUGAGAAGUUGAUCUUCUUUGAAUUGAUCCUGGAUAACAUGGGUACAGAUGAAGACCCAGAUGACUGGAAAGAGUAUGUCCAUGGAACAGAUAUGCUGGACAUGAAACUAGAAGAUAUCAUGGACACCAUUAACAAUGUGAAGGCAAGACUAGGCAAAAGCUUGCAUAUCCAGACGGCGCUGCGGGCGUAUGAGGCCCGUGACCGAAACCUCCAGGAGAGUAACUUUGAUAGAGUGAACUUAUGGUCGGUAAUCAAUCUCAUUAUCAUGGUGCUGGUGUCGGCGAUUCAGGUCUACCUGGUCCGCUCACUGUUUGAAGAUAAAAGUAAAAUUCAUACAUAACGCUGCCCCAGAUGGAGGAACAGAGAGAGACUAAUUUGCUUGUCCACACAUAUAUUUGGGAGUUUUUUCAGCUUGUAUCCUGCCUUGUGACUGUUACCACAAAAUGACAUCUAUAGUGAAACAUAUACAGACACUUUCAUGUUCUUGAUAACAUUUUUUUUUUUUUUUUGCCACAAUUGUUGCUCUGGAUUUCAGUCCACAGGAGUUUGAGGGACAGCAGGAGUCCCAGGUCUGGAAUGGGAACUUCUGACUGUCAGCUCCCACUGCUUUUGCAACCUCACUCUUUUUACUACAGGAAAAAUUCUUUCUUUAAAACUUAUACAGUAUAUUGUUUUAUAAUCCUCUCUAGCUGCUGUAAGCCUUCAAAGAAAGUGACAUAACAAGUAUGUUUAUGAUGUGACUAUUUUUCUAACAGAGGUUAAAGUUAUAAGGCUAGUAGCCAAAUGCAGAAAUGUUUUUUUAUUGAAGGAAUCCUAUGGUGUCUGAAGGACAUGAUUUAUUUCUAUCACAUGGGAGUAGAAAGUGCAACCACUUCAUCAGCAUGUCUUCCCAUACAUUAGUUACUGUUAAAAAUACACCUUUGUACUGUUACUAAGAUGCCUUAGUGGUUGUUUUCAGCUGCCAGUCUCUGAGGCCUUUGAAUAUUUCUCCCAUUGCCAUGAACAUUUAUGUUGAUAAUGGAAAAUCAGUCAUGCUUUCCCUUAUAUUCCAAUACUGAAAGGUCAGCUCUUUAGGUAAGGAUGCUUUACUAAUGCUGUUCUUUGGUACCUAAGGGACCAAAGAGUAGGAGAAACAACAGUGGGCCAUCUCCAAGUGUGUACCCUACUCUGGAACUUUUGCCCUACUCUCCUCUGCCAUGGACUUGUGGCCUAAAUGGGUGCUAGCACGGCUACUGGAGGGUGUCUGCUUAUAGCUACCUACUGUGUGAGGAUUUUGUUGAGCCUGCCUGUCUCUUUGGUGACAGAAGUCUUUUUCUAUCCUACGGACACCUUGAAGGACAUUUCCACUACUACAACAGGGGGGCCAUUCACUGCCUUGUCUACAUCAGCAUUCUUUUAAAUGUGAAUAUCGGUGUUGAAUCUGAUCUUCACAUUGUAUUAGCCAACAUUACAACCUAACAUCUGGUGGUUGCACUGCUGCUGAUGCCACAGAACAACCUAUUUCUUUUGUUGUUUUUAUAUUUUUAGAACAUAGUUGAACAUUUUGGACACUGAAGUGUUUAUCUGAUUAUUGCGACCCACCUGAAACAGGUUGUUCUGAUACAUGGGUAAAGAAGCACUGUUAGGUUGAUUGAUGAUAUACUAUUAAGAUGCCAUGGUGACUUAUGGUUAUGGUUGCUGAAAGGAUUUCUUUUAUUGGUAUUUACUGAGCUCCACAGCUGAUAACCUGGUUGCUUGAGGCUCCACACUGACAUCCUCUGAAUUUACCCUGUGCUAUAACAGUUUUCAUACAGUGAGUUCAUGCCUUCAUUAUUUAGUAGACCUGUGCUGGAAAUGCUGUAAAACAAUUGAAAACUGCAGUGUGUGCAUUUAUCACUGUAUUUUGUGGGUACCUGCAGUAACAUAUAAGAUGUCUGGUUUAAGAAAUGGUCAUCCUCUGAAGUGAAAUGUGUUACAGUUUAGGGUUUCUGAAUCAUCAUACAAAAAUAAAAGACUAUGCAUUUUUAA